GGAAAAAAAAAACCGAACUUCCAAAGGAGUUAGUAGUCUAAAAGCUGCUGCUUACAAAACCCAAAGCCAACGCAAAACCUCCGUCUCUCUCUCACAGAGAUGAGAAGAGAGCUGAUAGGUGCGAUGGAGAGAGAGAGACCCACAUUACGAGUCACAAACGUACCCCAAACCGCCAUAGCCAAAGACCUCUUAGAGUUCCUGGAAUGCAAGCUCGGCACUGACACCGUCUUCGCCAUUGAAAUCUCGACCGACCGCAACAACUGGAAGUCCCGUGGUUUCGGCAGAGUCCAGUUCGCCACUCUCGAAGCCAAGUCCAAAGCCCACCUUCUCUCCCUCCGAAACGACCUCGUCUUCAAGUCCCAUUCUCUUAAACUCUCUGAAACUUAUGAUGACAUCAUUCCCAGGCCCAUCAGGGCCGAUCAUAGGCUCGAUGGUGGGGUUCUGCAUGUGGGUUUUAUGGUUCAAGAUGAUUACUUGCGUGUGUUGGAGAGGUGGGAGGAUGUGAGAGGGUGGCUGAUGCCUGAGAGGAGGAGACUGGAGUUUUGGCUGUGGAACAAUGGGGAGUGUUACAAGCUUGAGGUUCUGUUUGAUGAUGUUUUGGAGACUGUUGGCUGUUGCUUCAAUGGCUCCUCAUGCAAUGCUCUUCUCUUGAGGGUCAAGUACGCUCCUAGGAUAUAUCAAAAAGUAUCUGGACCAAAUAUAGCUUCAAAACUUAGACCUGAUCGCUACCAUAUAUGCAAGGAGAAUUUUGACUUCCUUUGGGUUCGCACGACAGACUUUUCAAGGACAAAGGCAGUUGGACAAUCAACGGCGUUCUAUUGGGAAAUCAAUGCAGAAUUAUUGACGUUAGAUUUGUUUUCAUGUUUCUCAUGUUAUCGAGAAGACAUGAAAGGUUUAACUUUAAAGGGUGGGGGAGAAUUCUCAUCUGCACCCGAAAUCGUUCCGCUUGUGAAGGGCCCAUCAGAUUCCAAGUUAGCAUAUGAGAUCCUUUUUCAGCUCAAUUCCCUUGUUCAUACUCAAAAAAUUAGUAUUGCUUCUGUAGACACAGAUCUGAUAGAUAUCCUCCGUGUUUUGCCUGUUGAAACUGCUGUCAUGAUUCUGCAGAAAUUUCACAAGCUACUGUCCACUUGCUAUAAUCCUGUGUCAUUUGUGAAGGAAAAUUUACCUGUAUCAGAAAGAAACUUCCAAAGUCGUCCCUUAUCAUCAUUCAAAAGGUUAAUAGAUCAUAAUGUCAUGAGUUGUCACAGAGCCCUAGUUACACCUUCAAAGAUUUAUUGCUUGGGUCCCGAGCUUGAAACAUCUAAUUAUGUUGUUAAGAACUUUGCAGAAUAUGCUUCAGAUUUUAUGAGAGUUUCUUUUGUUGAAGAAGAUUGGGGUAAGCUUUCUGCAAAUGCCAUUUCUACUAGUGUUCAGUUAGGUAUUUUUUCAAAACCUUUCAGAACUAAAAUAUAUCACAGGAUAUUGUCUGUUCUUCAGCAUGGGAUUGUUAUUGGAGAUAAAAGAUUUGAGUUUCUGGCAUUUUCUGCUAGUCAGCUUCGAUCAAAUUCUGUCUGGAUGUUUGCGUCUAAUGACAAGGUUACAGCUGAAGAUGUUAGAGAAUGGAUGGGAUGCUUCAAGAAGAUACGUAGUGUUUCUAAGUGUGCCGCAAGGAUGGGUCAAUUGUUUAGUUCUUCUUUGCCAACUCUUGUUGUCCCUGUGCAGGAUGUCAAGAUUAUUCCUGAUAUUGAAGUUACUUCUGAUGGUAUUAAUUACUGCUUCUCUGAUGGCAUAGGGAAAAUUUCUUUGCCUUUUGCUAGGGAAGUUGCUCAGAAAUGUGGAUUGAAUGACACUCCAUCAGCAUUUCAAAUAAGGUAUGGUGGUUAUAAAGGUGUUGUUGCUGUUGACCGCAAUUCCUUCCGGAAGAUGUCUCUGCGUGGUAGCAUGCAUAAGUUUGAAUCAAAAAUCAGGAUGCUUAAUGUCACCAAAUGGAGUGAAUCAAUGCCUUGCUUUUUGAAUCGAGAAAUUGUUACACUCUUGUCUACCUUGGGCAUCAAGGAUGAAGCGUUUGAGACAUUGCAACAGGAACAACUGCAUCUUCUGGGCCAAAUGCUGACGAAUAGAGAAGCAGCUUUGGAUGUCUUACAGAGUUUAUGUGGAGCUGAUUCCCAAAACAUUCUGGUGAAAAUGUUGCUUCAAGGUUAUGAGCCAAAUGUGGAACCUUACCUCUCAAUGAUGCUUCUAGCAAAUCAUGAGAGUCUACUAUCUGAUUUAAAAUGCAGGUGCCGGAUAUAUGUUCCAAAGGGACAGGUCUUAGUUGGUUGUUUGGACGAAACUGCUACAUUGAAUUAUGGUCAAGUUUAUGUCCGUCUAAGUAUCAAAAAGGCAGAACUAGAACAUGCAGACCAAAAUUUCUUCCAUAAGGUGGAUGAGAAAACAGCUAUAGUGAUAGGGAAGGUGGUUGUCACAAAAAAUCCUUGUCUUCACCCUGGGGAUGUCAGAGUCCUCGAGGCUGUUUAUGAAGCUGAACUAGAAGAUAAGGGUUUGGUGGAUUGCCUUGUCUUCCCACAGAAAGGAGAAAGGCCUCAUCCAAAUGAAUGCUCAGGUGGUGAUCUUGAUGGGGACCAGUUUUUCAUAAGCUGGGAUAAAGAUCUCAUCCCAUGUCAAACUGAUGCCCCAAUGGACUACACUGGAUCGAGACCUCGAAUCAUGGACCAUGAGGUGACCUUGGAGGAAAUUCAAAAGUUUUUUGUUGACUACAUGAUCAAUGAUACUUUGGGUGCCAUUUCUACUGCACAUUUAGUGCAUGCUGAUCGUGAACCUGAUAAAGCACGCAGUGAAAAAUGUCUAGAAUUGGCAACUCUUCACUCUAUGGCUGUUGAUUUUGCAAAGACAGGAGCACCAGCUGAGAUGCCUCGGUCUCUGAAACCAAGGGAGUUUCCAGACUUCAUGCAGAGGGUAGACAAACCCAUGUAUGCUUCCCUUGGGGUACUGGGAAAACUGUACCGAGCUACAAUCAACUCAACCGUGCAAGAAAGGUCAAAGUUUGUUUGGUCAAAGAAGAUGGCUGAAGCACUCUAUGAUCAUGACCUUGAAGUGAAUGGUUUCGAGGCCUUCCUUUCAACUGCACAGACUCACAAGGACAUGUAUGAAGAGAAAAUGAGCUUCUUGAUGAAUUAUUACGAGGUAGAAAGCGAGGAUGAGAUCCUGACAGGCAAUAUGCGCAACAAAGCAACGUUUUUGCAGCGAGACAACAGGAGAUAUGGAGACAUGAAAGACCGGAUCUUGCUGUUCAUGAAGAACCUACAGAGAGAAGCUAGAGAACGGUUUGAGAAUAGCUGCAAGGUCGGUGAGCAUCAGAGACUUGCCUCUGCAUGGUAUCAUGUGACUUACCACACAAAUUACUGCCAGGAAAGCAUGAAGUCCUGCUUGAGCUUUCCAUGGAUUGUUGGAGACAUUUUACUCAAGAUAAAGUCUGUGAAUAGCAGAGAAAUUCAGAGAGAACAACCGGUAUUCAGUCAUGUCUACCAUAAGUCCCCAAGAAGGCCUGCUACUCGUGAUGAAUCCAUGUAGACUUGAUCAGACAUAUAGACAAAUUCUAAUCCAUGAGACUCGCUUGUGUUGAAUGUUUUUUGGUACAGCAACAAGACAUGGCUGAAGCAAGUCAAAUUUCUUCCUUGUCCAAUGAUUGAAUCCAAAUUUAUAAAAGAAGUAUAAGAGUCCUUAUCUUA